CUCUCUGCUCCCUUUUUAUUGCUCAUCUCCAAUGGAAAUUCGAGUGGGAAACAAGUACAAGCUAGGGAGGAAGAUUGGUGCUGGUUCAUUCGGAGAAAUAUACCUGGGUACAAAUACGACCAAUGGUGAAGAUGUCGCUAUCAAACUAGAAAGUGUUCGUGCUGCUCAUCCUCAGUUGGAAUACGAAGCUCGUGUUUACAAAACGCUAGCUGGUGGAGUGGGCAUCCCAUUCAUUCGUUGGUUUGGGCGAGAGUCUGACCAUAAUGUGAUGGUCAUGGACCUCUUGGGCCCUUCCAUGGAAGAUUUAUUCAACUUUUGCAAACGAAGAUUCUCACUCAAAACUGUAUUACUUCUCGCUGAUCAAUUGCUCUCCCGUGUCGAAUACUGUCAUUCCAAAGGCUUCAUUCAUCGGGAUAUUAAACCAGACAACUUCCUCAUGGGAGUUGGUAAACGUGGCAACCAAGUCAAUAUGAUUGAUUUUGGCUUGGCAAAGAGAUACCGUGACCCCAAAACCAAUGCACAUAUACCCUACAAGGAGAACAAGAAUCUCACUGGGACACCUAGAUAUGCGAGUGUUAACACUCACCUUGGUAUUGAGCAAUCAAGACGUGAUGACUUGGAAUCUCUCGGCUACAUCUUGAUCUACUUUUGCCGAGGUUCAUUGCCAUGGCAAGGCAUUCGAGCCAAAACUAAGAAAGAAAAAUAUGAUAAAAUCAUGGAAAAGAAGAUGACAACACCUUCGGAGCAACUUUGUCGUGGUCUACAUCCAGAAUUCGCUUUAUACCUCAACUGUAUACGUUCUUUGCGAUUUGAUGAUAAGCCCGACUACAGCUACCUUCGUAAACUAUUCCGAGAUUUGUUUGUACGAGAGGGCUUCCAAUAUGACUACGUCUUUGACUGGACGAUUAAGAAAAUGGUAAGUUGCUAAUGACAGGCAUGCUGAGAAAGGAAGAGAUGUUAAUUCGCGAGGGCAUUUCUUAGCAGGAAAAGAAAUCCCAGGCACAUUUGGAGUCCAAUUCCUCACUGGGGUUGGAUCCAAUGAUCUCAAGCAUGGCCGCUUUACCACCUUCCCACGAAUCCUCUCCUUUACCACUACAACAACCUCCACCACGACGAACAAUGAUUCCUCCCGUCCUUCCUUCAAGCGCUACUGCUCAUCGUGUACAACCCUAUAGAACGUUGGAACCAAAAACGCCGGAGCAAUCCCGGCAAUUGGACGAUGUCA